GCCCCCUUCGGUGGCUGCAAUAAGUAGGGAGUGAGCACAAACGGCUCGCGAGCUCAGAUAAAGGCGCACCUGUUGUGAGGGCGAGGGUGAGGCGGAGGUUUGGAUACACGAAACGUGACGGGCUGAAGGAGCGUCCCUGACUGGCAGCAGCAGCACUCGAGAUUUGCGCGUCUCCCGUGAAGAUGGAAUUGUCUAGUAUAAAGACAUCUGCUGCACUCCUCUAUGACGAAUUCUUCCAAAAUGCAGACACGCGGACAGAGAAGUGGUUCCUCAUGCCUUCUCCUGUCCCCCAAACCCUCAUCAUCAUCGCGUACAUUUACUUUGUCACGUCGCUGGGGCCUCGGAUAAUGGAGAACCGCAAGGCCUUUGACCUCAAAGGAGUCCUUGUCGUCUACAACUUCGGUGUGGUGGCACUGUCUCUCUACAUGUGCUACGAGUUUGUGAUGUCGGGAUGGGGAACGGGAUACACCUUUCACUGUGAUCUGGUGGAUUACUCCGACUCGCCUCAGGGUAUGAGGAUGGCAGCAACGUGCUGGCUUUACUACUUCUCAAAGUUCAUUGAGAUGCUGGACACAAUUUUCUUUGUGCUGAGGAAAAAGAACAGCCAGGUGACGUUCCUUCACGUCUAUCAUCACUCCAUCAUGCCCUUCACCUGGUGGUUUGGUGUUCGGUUUUCUCCAGGUGGUCAGGGGACAUUCCACGCCCUGCUUAACUGUAUCGUCCAUGUUUUCAUGUACACGUACUACGGUCUGACUGCCAUGGGACCCAAGUACCAGAAGUAUUUGUGGUGGAAAAAAUACCUCACUACAAUUCAGCUGAUCCAGUUUGUUUUGGUUACCAGCCACAUCUCUCAGUAUUUCUUCAUGAAGGACUGCCCAUACCAGUUCCCCAUCUUUAUCUACAUCAUUGCGCUUUACGGCUUGAUUUUCUUGUUCCUGUUCCUCAACUUCUGGUACCAUGCCUACACCAAAGGCAAGAGGCUUCCCAAAGUGCUGCAGGCUCGUACGUGGGCGCACCACACCAACGGCGUCAUGAAUGGAAACGCGGGUCAUGACAAAGACGAGUGACGCGGGUCUCUCCUUCGGGGUUGACCUCAUUAACGUAAGCAAACCCAAAUUUGUUUGGACUGUAACAUAAUUUUUUUUUUUUUUGAUUGCUUUACUAGUUGCAACUACAAAAGACGUUCUUUAAACUUUAUGACCAAAGCUACGUUUGAGGGUUUUUACAUCCAAGUGCAGCGGCUUAAGUUUUGUUUACAUUGAAGCUAGAUCCAGAUUUGUCAUUUUUCUCAUUGUAUGACAUGAACGGUUCACACUGCCUAAAGGGCUUCACUUAGGCUCCUGCUCCAAACCUAAUCUUAGGAAUUAUACACUUCAAUCCAGUUUGUUUCAAAGCCGUGUGCUACAAAAGUUGCUUAUUUCACUAAGCCCAAAGUGACAGCUGAUAACCUAACAAAGGGGUGUUUAGGUGACAGGUCUUGCUCAUGUUAUUGUUGCAUGCUUAAAUGUGGUGCGAGCAGUCAACUUUAAGUACACGUGUUAAUUAGUCUAUGGCUAAGUCACAGCCACUGCUGAAGGUACGUUGAGUGAAAAGAAAACGUCCAUUUAUUGUCCAAUGAAGCGACAUGUGACCAAAGCAUGUUUUGUAGGAUCCAGAGCUGAGCAGCUUCCUUUGAGGUGUGAUGCUGCAGUACAAUUGCAUUCAGUCUUUAGCCCACCAGUCAGAAAACACAAGCAGUCCUGCCUGCCUGUUCUGAAGCCGUUCGGCUGAUGAUGGUUGGGGUCAGGUGGUGCCUUCUGGUCUGAAUUAAUUUGUUAUGAUGACCUGAAAAGUGAGUAACACUCUGCUUGUUGGGCAAAUGAGAACAUAUGAUUGCGCAUGAUGGGUGUUGACAGACUUCCACCUUUUGAUCAAGUCUAAACCCGUCAGCUCCAAGGAUGUUCUAUAAACAAGGCAUAAAAAAACAUACGUUCAUUUUGUCAAAUCACUUUGUGAAACAUGAAAUGUUAUCUAUUGUACUUUUUUAUGUAUUUAUAUAAAAUAAAUGGUCUUUGAAUAAAUGGUUA